CGGUGAAGUUUGAGUUUGAGAGAGUGGUGUGAGCGGCGGCUGGCUUGUUGUGUGCGAGCUCGGCGACGUGACAGGUUUUGCAGUGCCCUCGUGUAACACACUCAUGGAAUGGAUGAUUUAGAGAGAGAGACCUUCAGUUCUGUGGAAGAAGAAAAAGAAUAUUGGAAAGAUCUGGCAGCAAAACACAAGACAUGUUCACAGGACAUCCAGGAAGAACUUAAUGAAUUUCAGGAGGCAAGCCGUGAAUAUGAGGCUGAGCUGGAAGCACAACUUCAUCAGACUGAGAGCAGGAACAGAGACCUCCUGACCCAAAAUAACAAGCUACGCAUGGAACUUGAAUCUGUCAGGGAAAAGUUCGAGGAGCACCACGCAGCAGGUUACACACAGAUCUGCACCCUGGAAAGUGAGCUUUCCCAAACCAGAGCAGUCCGGGAUCAACUCCAGAAAUACAUUCGAGAACUGGAGCAAGCUAAUGAUGACUUGGAAAGAGCUAAGAGAGCAACCAUCAUUUCCUUGGAGGAUUUUGAGCUUCGUUUGAAUCAAGCAAUUGAGAGAAAUGCUAUUCUUGAAAGUGAACUUGAUGAGAAGGAAAAUGAUCUUGAGUGUAUCCAGAGGCUGAAAGAUGAAACUCGAGACUUGCGACAAGAGCUAGAAGUUCAGCAGAAGCAGGAUGUGCUUAAACGUAGUGCAAGCACUAACCAAGAAAGUGAACGCAUAGACAUGGCCGUCCAAGCUUCCAUCUCUGUACCGUCUACUCCUGUAGGCCACAGGGGGUCCUUCUCUAGUCUCAGCUCUCCAAUGCAGUUCAGAAAGGGUUCGGAUGAUGGAUAUUGUGGCACACCACUCACGCCAUCUGCAAGGAUAUCUGCAUUGAACAUUGUAGGGGAUCUACUUCGGAAAGUUGGGGCAUUGGAGUCUAAGCUCGCAUCUUGCAAAAAUUUUGUAUAUGAACAGUCACCCAGUAGACCGGUGGCACCUUUACUGGCGCAUGUUAACAACACUAGAGAAUUCAGUGAAAACAGUCUCAGUAUGCCCAUUAUGGGCCCAGGGGAAAAGGGGUUCAUUAAACGACUAGAGUUUGGCUCAGUGACCCAAAAUCUACCUGCACCGACCAUGAGCUCGCCUCGGGGGAUAGUCAAGAUGAUACUGUAGAGAAUGUUUUGCUAUAGACUUUAACUUAUUGAUUUUAGUGGCAUUUUAAUCAUGACUAGAAAUAACCUGGACUUUGUACAAGAGAUUUAAUGAAGACCUCAGCUGUUCAAUGAAGAUGCUCCACUCAAGAACUUCAUGGGAUCAAUAGUGGUGGUCGUGCACUGGUAUUAUUCAGAUCCUCAUUCACCUGAUGUCUUUAUUUUAUUUUUUAUUGUUGGUCUUGAUAAAGAUUGAAUCAAGUAUGUGACCCUAAAUGGUGGUUUCAGUAUGUUCACAAAGAUAAUGGGACGUCUAGGAGAUGUUGGCACUGUUGGAUUGAACAUGAUUUAAGAUGCAUCAAAGUAAGUUUGAAGGGUUUUCUGGGAUAAAACACAAAUUCCAUGCUUUUAUUUAGGUUAUGAAUGUAUGAUCUCUGAGGGCCCGACCACUGGGACCCCCACCAAGUCAGUACAAUGACAGGGCCAUGAUGGUCUCUUGAGAGCUGCAGCCCAUUCAGUGUUAAAAGGUAUGCCUGGCCAGUAUUUUUUUUUAGUAUAAUCAGAAUGGCUUCCAUUUUGAAAGUAAUACUUCAUUAAUCACCUGCUGCUUCCAUUUAGCAAUUGAUUGGCUAAGUGCUCAUGUUUCCAUAUGGAGAGCGACCAGGAAGUAGAGAUGGCGAUGGACUUGGGUAGAGCAGAAGUAGCCGGGAACCAUACAACCAAGAGAAGUGCUUUAAUCCAAGCAUAUGGGCUUGUUCAAUUGCAGCUCGGCCCCAGUCACUUGAGCCAUGGAGCACCUCAGCCCCUUUAUUCUGCUGACCCUACCGAUCACAUAAUCACAGAUGAUCCUAAGGACCACUUUAAUAUAUUCAAUGUAUUUUUUUUAAUGUUUACUCCUUAUUUCAGUUAGACCGCAUACACAUCUGCGGCAAGCUGAUCUGGCACAAAUGCUGGCUGUCGGCCGGACCAAAAACCAUUGCAUGCAACAGUUUUUGUCUGGCCAAAACUCAGCAUUUAUGCCAGUAAGCGGACGGAUCGGCUGUAAACUAUAUAAUGCUGGAUCCGGAGAAAUACGGCAGGCUGCUUUGUACCGGGAUAGCCUGCUGAAUCUGCUGCCGGAGAUGUGAACGUGGCCUAACGAGAAUUACUUCUGUAAAUGUACUAAUCAGCACUAUGCACCUACACUGCACUGCUAGCUGCAAUGGAUCUGUAGUCGGCUUCUUUUUGUAAGACUUUCGUAAAUACGUUUUUAACUUUGGUUGUCAGGAAAAAAAAACUUAAUAUAGAAUAAACCUUGUUGCUAUUCUUCAUUUCCCAUUUCUCUGAAUGCAGCCAGCCUUGAAAGCAAUGCAGGUUUUUGGUCUGAUGGACACGGGCAUGUACACGUGAAUAUUUUUCCUUUAUUCUAUACUAAUAUAAGUGUUUACAUUGCUGUGAAAUGCUGAAAUAAAAUGAAUCC